GCAUCAACAGUCAUGCACUAAGGGACCAGGCUGAGCUGUACCUUAAUCAACUCUGCCGUCUCCCUUAAUUGCAUCUACAUGUUCCUUUUUCUCAAUCUCCAUGGCGGCAACAAGGGAGUCUCUGGACGAAUUUCUUCGCCCGUUGCAAGUCGAUAUACCAACAAUUCAUAACUUGGCUAACAAGCUCUGCGCUACUUAUACGGCUCUUGCGGCGAAGUCUCAGGACCAAUUUCUCCCUACGCCGAUUUCGGAUAGUGUUCUGCGUUCCUCAGGAGAGGCGAAGGGAAGGUACUUGGCUAUUGAUAUAGGUGGCACGAAUCUAAGAGUUGGCUUUAUAAAGCUCCUGGGCAAUGAAUCUGCUGAAACCAAGAAUGGCUUCCUGGUCUCUGAGCUCGAGGUUGAGGAAGGAUCACGUGUGACCAGAUGCUUGGAGAAAUCGUGGCCAAUUGGCGAACAGUUGAAGAAUAACAAUGCAGAAGAAUUUUUCAACUGGAUCGGGAAGUGUAUAGCUGAGGUGGUAAAAAGUGGCUGUAAAGAAUGGCCCGAAGAAAUGAGAGGGACUAUUCCUCUUGGAGUAACCUUUUCCUUCCCGAUGAUCCAACAUACGUUAUCAGAUGCUACUAUAAUGGAUAUGGGUAAAGGCUUUGUGAUACCCAAAGGUUUUGACCUAGGCACAAACCUCUGUCAAAGCUACGACAGAGCACGAAGUCCAGAAUUGCCACAAGUGAAGAUGACUGCAAUAGCAAAUGACACCGUCUCGACUCUGGUCUCCUUUACUUACCAGCAUGGCACUAAUCCUCGACAACGACCUGCUAUGGGACUCAUUUGCGGUACGGGCUGCAAUGCCACAAUUCCGAUGUCACUCAACAAACUGAAAGCUAGCAAAAGACCAUCGAAAGUAAAAGUCUUAGAUGGCUCAGACGACUCAGAUCAAGAGCUCAAGAUUGCCGUCAACACAGAAUGGACUAUCAAAGGUGCAGCUGGACCUUUACAUGACCUGAACCUAGUCACGUCUUGGGAUAAAAUUCUGAGCGACGAGAACAUACCACCGGGCUUUCAGCCAUUCGAAUUCAUGACAGCAGGACGAUAUCUAGGCGAACUAGGUCGAAUUAUCAUCCUCGAUUAUUUCACCGCCCAUCUUCGCAUACCUGACUCACAUCUCCCUUCAAGCCUGACACAACGAUAUGGCCUUACAACCACUUUCCUUGGAAACCUUGGGCCUCAUCUAGCAGUGACCGAACCUUCUAUGAUCAAACAGCUCCAAACAGAACUUCCAUCUCCCGACACGUCCUGGCAAUGGUCGGAAGAACUAGCAACAAUCGUCUACACCAUCGCGAAAGCUAUCGAGACUCGAGCCGCCGGCCUCGUAGCAGCAGCCAUCAUCGGCCUCCUCGGCUCCGCAGACGAGAUCCACCUCUCGCUCCUAGAAAACGCCGUCAACGGCAAUGGACCUCCAAUCAUCCAGCACCCGGACGUCGACGAGUUGUUAAUUGGCUACACAGGCGGAUGUAUCGUCCAUUUCCAAGACUAUCUCGAAGACUGCCAGAAUUUUCUCGAUGGAAUUAUGACGGCGGAAUUCGGUGACGGAGAAGAGGUGCCGAGAGUUGCGUUGCGGCCUUGUCAUAAUGGCGGUAUCAUCGGUGCUGGCAUCUUGGCCGGGACAGUGCAGAGUGUCGCGAGGGAUACAUGAGGGAAAUUUACAUCGUAUAUGCAUGAGAUUGGAGUUUUGGCGUCUGGAAUGCAUUUUUUGAGAUAUAGAACGAUUUGUUUUACCAGGCAAUAAGAGAAGGAUACGCAUAUAGCAUAGCAUAGGGAGCAUGAUUGAAAUGAAGCAAUG